AUGUUCGUGCCUGACCGCCCCUCGCUGCCUGUCGACUCGAAAUCGCUUGACAACCCUGGCAAUGCGCUGGUCGCAUUCUCUUCUCCUGAUAUCUCAGAUGAAAUGUCUUCUUGGGGUACACUGAUCAACCCAGACAAGAGUCCAGCGCCGUUGCUGGAACAGCUAUGUCUAGGGAUCGCGCAGUUAAUGCCUACGUUUGAUUCAAAUGGGACAAAUGAUCUCACUCCCGAUCGCAUCGCAUCAUUUUAUCGCAAAGUAGGCGGCAACUAUGAUCCCCUGUUUCUAGGUACAAAAUCCACAGCGCUUUCGUUCAUUUACCAAUCGCUUGGCUGCUUUCACAGCCUCCAGCCUUCCAACAACCCAUACGAGCCACCCUCCGUUCCGUCAUUACUACCGGCUGGUUUUGUGAGAUGGCAGACAAUCCAGUUACUGAUGGAACCGGAUGAGCACUGGCAGUACUUGCAAAAUGCAGUUAGUAUGUGGGACAUUACCGACGCAAACGGGGAGUUAUUUCCAAAGGAUAUCCCGCGCGACGCAUUUCCCUCUGAGCCAGACCCGGAGAUGCUGCAGUGGCAUGAGGGAGUUAGUCGGCGACUUGAACUCGACUAUAUGAAGCGAAAGACGCAGCGGGCUUCUCCUCCUGACUUUGGGGGAUAUCACUAUCGUUUUAGCGGAAAGGACCCGCUACCGGACGAAGAGGAAUACGUUUCGCAUCCGCCACGACAGUCAGCACAACGACAUCAUAGCUACUAUGAACCGGACCGAGCUGGUCGGCGGCGUCAGCAUCACCGACGCCUCAGCGCCGAGUAUCCUGCAUUCAAUACUCACAGACCCGAACCGAGUUUCUCACGACAAGAUGGAGGCCGGUCCGGUGUUUCCUCUCCCCGAUGCCCAUCGCCAUCGUCACGGGAAUACUCACAUUACCACACCCGAGAUCAUGAACAGCCAACCUGGCAUGCCCACCACCCUUUCCCUCCAGAAAUGGGCGAGCCUCCAGAGCCAGAAAAUGUCUCUGACGAUACUAUCCAUGAGGAAGAGCCCGAACCUGAGCCUGAACCCCAACCCAGACGUCGGGCUCGUCAUAAUCUAUCUCCACCACACUCACGUACACGCCGCCACUCCCACGACGCAUACUCACGGAAACCAUUCCGCGAUCUCUCACCCUCCGCACCACGAAGAAGUCAUAGAGGAUACGAUUACGAGAUCCCCGUCCCCAUUCCUAAAACAAGAAAAUCAAACUCAGACGGAACGCCCAGACUUCAUAAUCACGACGACCGUUCUCGCUCCAGAUCCUCAGGUGUCAAGUUCAAAGAAUUCGUAUUUGACGUCCCUCACCCAGGUCCAGCCCCAGCCCCAGCCCCAGCCCCAGUUCCUGACCCAGCAAUGUACAUGCCUCCACCACCACGGCCAUCCCCCCGCCACCGAUACAACAUAGACACAUACGCCGAAGAUGUCAGAAGAGGUAGUUACAGCGGUGGCAGCACCGGAGGAAGUCGACCAGGGAGCGGAGGAAGCGGUUCCGAACGACCACGCUCCUACAGUAGUGCCGGCUUUCCACCUCGGACAUCUCGGUGGACAAGCCCUUCGCGAGGACCAGCCAAACGGUAUAUCCCGACCAGUCUUGCUGAAGAUGCGGAAUAUAUCUCUUCGCGGAGACCUCCGGUAUAUAAGUGA